GGAGGCGCAGUACAGAACAUAAUGAGUAUCCAUGAUAGCCAGGUUGCCUCUGUAAAUUGAAUUCUCUCCGUCUCUCCCCUCGCUCCACUCCCCCACAAGUUCAAUUGCCCCUCUUCCUGUAAGUCCACUCAGUGUUGACGGCCGUGUCUCCUCCUGCCGAAGAAACGUUUGUUUCGAGCCUGCUAGAUUGUCAUUUAUCUCGCUAAGUUCCGGUGGUAGAGCUGUUGCCCCUGCCAAGAACAACGAGGAAGAGGAGCUUAGAAUGAAUUAAUGGGUACACAUUGUAGUAUGUUUCAAUUGCGCUGGGUUUGACGACUAUAUGUGUGCUUCUUUCUGCCGAGUUUUGCAGUAACUGUGAAGAAGCUCUAAAGCGACGUAGGGACAGCUUGGUUAGAGGUAGUAGAGACUGUGCACGCACUUGGUCGCAUUUAGUUUUUCGAAAGUUUGGAAUCAUUUUCAGGAUUCAGAAGAGCUGUAGUCAAGAUGCCGGGUUACAGUGAGAUUUUUAGUAGUGGCGUGAAACCUGAUUCUCCGCCCAAGAGGAAGACCUUCACCGUCGCGCCUCGAAAGGCCCUGAAGCGAGAUUACUCUUCAUCUUCCGAUGACGAGGGUGUUGUACUCAGGUUUCAGAGGGUUCCAAAGAGAGUGAGAGUGAUAUGCACGGACCCCGACGCGACAGAUUCGUCCGGUGAUGAGGAGGAUAGUUUCCAGCUAGCGCGCAAUCCUCACAAAAGAUUUGUCCAGGAGAUUCAGAUGGAGAGCCAAUCCAUCACGGAGGACGAGUUUUCCUCUGACAAUGAAUUCAACGAGACUGAAACGCAGUCUUCUCACAGCGCGUUCACUGCCGAGACUAUGCUUUGUCCAGUGAGCUAUGCAAGUCCGGGUGAUAGAGAGUCCAUGUUGGAAUCCUCCAAUUUUUAUGACAAGUCUUGGCAGUCGAGGUUGAAAGCUCCCAAGGUAUCAGAGAAGAAGGUGCCCAGGGUUACUGCAACCUUGGCUGCAGCGAAGACAAAGAACAGCAGCGCUGCUCCUUCAGUUAGUGUUGGUAAAAGCAUUGCAGUGUUCAAUGCCAAACCUCUCGCUUCGACUAAGCCAGCAGCGAUAGCUGACUCAGUUCCGGCCAAGAGCGACGGCAAGCCUCAGAAGUACAGGGGCGUAAGACAAAGGCCGUGGGGGAAGUGGGCCGCCGAGAUCCGGGAUCCUUCUAAAGGAGUUCGGCUAUGGUUGGGAACGUACGACACCGCGGAGCAAGCAGCAGAGGCAUACGAUAAAGCUGCGCGGGAGAUUCGCGGACCCACUGCGCAUACGAAUUUCAGUGCGGGGAGGAAGGUUGAAGUAGCGACGACGACGAAAUCCGCGUGUGAGGUGUUGUCGAAGAAGAGCACGAAGAAAGUUGAGGCAUUGGCGAAGGGGUCUCGAAGUUGUAAGAAGGAGGGGGUGACGUGUGAGAGGAAGGAGGUGGAAGUUGGGAGAGGUGGGUGUAGUUCGGAGCCAUUGUGCGCUGUGGAAGUUGAGAGGAUUAUGGACGCGGACAGUACAGAGAGUUGUAUGCAGCGCUGCGAGGUCGAGGGUUUGCACAUGUUGGAUAUGUGCGGCAGCAUUGGAGAGGAAUUAAUGGGAGAUGACCUUCUGUUCGACAACUUAAGCGACGACUUCGAGAAUUCUGGUGAUGACUUAGAUAGUUUGAGUGAGAAGUGUGGGUACUUCAUGGGUUCACCCUCGUCAUUUAGUGUAGAUGGGUCCGAGGGAUCACCUUGCUCUAACCUCACGGCUUGUGAGCCAUUCUCCACAGAAGCAGGUGUCGACAACUCCUUUGGAAGUAGCUCUGAAAAUUCCUCUGACUCGGAGAGCUUGAAUGAGAGCAACUGCCUUGUUGAAGUCCAAAGUGCUUGCGACUUAGGAGAAGUGUUUUUAUCGGACAACUUCUUGUUCGAUUUUCCAGGUGUUGAUGGCGAUUGUGGUGCUUCAGCUGAUUUACUAGACAUUUCGACUGGGUUCAGUUUUCUGGAAGGUGACUUGGGCAAUCUGGCAUUCGAUUGCGACGAGAACGAGAGCAUGAACUGGUUGAACAUCAGCGACGUUCUGGUUGUUUAAAUAACGAGCCCUCUCGAGGAGUUUCAGGAUUUUUUUUCCUGCUCUGUCCCAUUUUUAUUUAUUUUUCCAACUGCCGGCGUGGAACGAUCCAUUAGCACGGUAAUAUGUUCACCGUUUGUCCUUAAAGGCAGGGAUGCGAGGUAUCUCGUUACGGGAGCUCUUUUAAAGGUUGGAACAAUUGGUUUUAAUAUUGUUCUUAGCCGACUAGAGCUCCACCUAAUUUUGUAGGUGUCUUGCUUCGUUGGCGGUGAGGUAGAACGCUCAUCGACCGACCUGCAGGAGUGGGUAGUUUAUAGGAGUACAGUAGUAAUAUGACCCCAUGAGAUCAUGAUUUGAGCAUACAUUGAACGGGAAUCGGAGGUUGAUCACCUCAUUUUUGGUGAGCUGGGGAACAUCAAUUUUGUAGUAGCUUAUCAAGUGAGCCAAGUAUUCACCGAGAAGCCUAUUCACUGGCGGCUUCUAGUACUGAGCACUGGCGAAGGUUAAGACCUUCCAAUGCUCAUUACUUUAGAUUGUUAUACACCGGGAGUAAGAAUGUCUCUCUCCCCUUGCAUUGUACACUACUUACGGAAUUGAUCGUGUAGGUUGCAUUAUCAAACUCUUUUUGUGCUCA